GCAGCAUCUUUAACGUUAACUGGUAGCCAAAAUCAAAUUAUAUCGGUCGACAUGAUGACAAGUUGAUUUUGUGACUGAUCCAGGUUGCAGAUUUAGAGACGUUGGGACAGGGAGGAGAGGAGAUGGGGGGAUUGUGUAGGCCACUCCAGGCCUCUAUGGUCUGGCUGGCCGUUCUCCUUCUGCUGCUGGGGGAGACGGUGAACACAGCCCAGGAGUUUGACCCCUACAGAGUCCUGGGGCUCACCAAGAGUGCCAGUCAAGCAGAGGUCAAGAAGGUGUACAAGAGGCUGGUCAGAGAAUGGCACCCAGACAAGAACAAUGAUCCUGGGGCUGAAGAUAUGUUCAUCAAGAUCACUAAAUCUUAUGAGAUCCUGGGGAAUGUGGAGCGGCGCGCUAACUAUGACCGCUACGGUCAGAUGGAGGAGAACAAGCAGGGUCAGCACCAGCAGGGCUUCAACCGACACUUCCACAGCAGCUUCCAUUUCGACGAGUCAUUCUUCAGUUUCCCUAGGUCAGGCCGGGACUUCUCAGACAGCAAGUACCUGCUCGACCACGCAGGGUUCAACAGCAAGGUGCUGCCCGACAGCUUCAAGCGGCCCUACCUGAUCAAGAUCACCUCCGAGUGGUGCUUCGCCUGCGUUCACAUCGAGCCCGUCUGGAGGGAGGCGGUACAGGAGCUAGAGCCACUGGGUGUGGGUAUCGGUAUUGUUGACAUUGGUUACGAGCGUCGCCUAGCCAACCAGCUGGGUGUCCAUCGCACGCCAUCCAUCCUGGGUGUGGUCAAUGGUAGAGUGACCGUGUUCCACUACUCCGUGGUCAGAGAACACCUGCGACAGUUUGUAGAAGACUUGCUGCCUCAGAGGCUGGUGGAAAAGGUAACAGAUAAGAACUAUGUGUCCUUCCUGGGCAGCUGGCACGUUGAGAACAAUCCUAGCGUGUUGCUGUUUGACCAAGUGCCUGCAGUGCCCCUGCUCUACAAGCUCACAGCGUUUGCCUUUAAGGACUAUGUGCGGUUUGGUUACGUGGACCAGGGACUGACGGAGACGUCCAGGCUACUGCGUCAGUUCAACAUCAACAGCUAUGCUCCCACAAUGCUGCUGUUCAAGGAGAACACUGAGCAACCUGCUGAUAUUAUACAGGCUAAAGGGAUGAAGAGACAGAUCAUGGAGGAGUUUGUGUCCAACAACAAGUACCUGUGUGUCCCUCGGUUGGUCAACCAGCAUCUGUUCGAUGAGCUCUGCCCCAUCAAGCAGUUCCACCGACGCAGGAAGUACUGUGUGCUGCUGAUCACUGGUGAGGAGCCAGGGUUUGUCCCUGGUAACCAGGCCUUCCUGACCUUCGCCUCGUCCAACACUAAAGACGUCCUGCGCUUCACAUAUGUCUACCAGAGACAGCAACAACCACUGUGUCAGGCCUUGCUCCACAACCAGGCCCCACUGUUCGCACAGGUGGUGAUACUGGAGAGGCGGAGCCCGGGAGGUAAGGCUGUGUACCGGUCUGUGAUUGGUGGAUGGAACGGCAGUGACGAUGAUAAGACCCGCCUCCACGAGCAGCUGGAGCUCCUGCAGAGAGACCCCUCCUACCUGAGCUAUGACGCCACGCUACCUGAACUAAACAAUGAAUUGGCCCCCAUGUUUCUGAUUCAGUGGAUCAAUGCAGCUUACGAUUAUUUCCUUCAAAUCUAUGAUGACCUUCUCUUCUCCAACUGGCGAGAGAUGAUGCCCAUCCUGUCUCUCAUCUUUUCUGCUCUGUUCAUCCUCUUUGGUACUGUCAUCAUCCAGGCCUUCAGUGACUCGGGUGAAGAGAAGCCUCCCCAAAAACCAAAGCCAAAGAACCCACCAAAGACUGACGACUCACCUGGUAGAGCCAAUACCUCCAGUCGUCCUCCUAAGAAGGACUUUGUGGAGGUGACGGAGCUGACAAACAUCACCUACAUCAGUAACUUGGUCAAGCUGAGACCUGGUCACAUCAACGUGGUCCUAGUCCUCACUGACGCUUCCAAGAAUGCUCUGCUCAGGAAGUACGCCAAAGAGGUCUUCUCUUUCUCCGGGACCCAGACCCUACACUUUUCCUUCCUGAAUGCAGACAAACAUAGCCAGUGGAUGCCAUCUCUCCUGGAGUCUUGUCCUACUGCAGCCCGGGCCUUGACCCACGGAGAGGAGGAGGAGGAGGAGGAGGAGGGGGGAGGAGGAGAGGGGGAUGAAUACUCCUCUCCCUUCUCAGGUCGUCCCAGAGACUUCACAGGCCAUGUUCUGGCCCUCAAUGGACACAAGAAGUACUUCUGUCUCUUCAGACCUGUCUUCACCGGGGACACGGACACUGGCGGAGAGAGCUCGAGCUCAUCGUCUUCCUCGUUUGACGAAGGCUCCAGGAGAAAGUCUCGGUCAAGGUCGCGAUCCCAGUCGAGCUCACGUUCAAGGUCCAGGGAGGAGGGGGGUUCGUCGGGUAGGGGAGGGAGGGGUGGUGGGCGGUCCUCCAGGGCUACCAGUCUGGAGGUGCACCAUAAGCUGGACAGGCUGGGGCUGUGGAUGGAGAGGCUGAUGGAGGGGACUCUGCCCAGGCACAGUGUCCCUGGCUGGCCUGGGCUGGACACCACCUCCCCAAGCUCCAGCCCCGCUCCCCAGAACUGAGGAACCACACUGGACUGGACCUGACCGGACCCCUAUGAAGUGUAAAUGACAUUUCUGCAGCUUAAACGUAGCCAGUAGUCAUUAUGCAAAGCCAAUGAAUAAUACAGAAGAUUUAAUAUAACCCUAUAAAGGAUACUAACCUGGUCCCAGAUCUGUUUGUGCUUUCUUGCGAAUGCCAACUUCAGGUGUGACAAUGGUCAUAGGAGUUGGCCAGACGGCACAAACUGAUCCGGGAGCAGG